UGACUUGGCUCAGUUGCUCUCUGCAGAUCCAUUGCCUCAGCCAUGCUGCGACCGGCAGUCCUCGGCCUUCUCCUGGCAUGUGCAGCCACCCUCUGCAGCUCUGCUGUGGUCCCAGAGCAAACCGUCUCACUCCUUUUCGCACAAACAGCCGGCGAUUUGAAUGAAUUUCCAAAGCAGGGUGAAACGGUGGUUGUGAACCCGUGGCAUUACCUUCACCGCAUGAGCAUGAACCGUCUGAUGAUAGCCUCUACAGCUCCCUUCAUGGGAAGCAUGGGACCAAAUCCAUCCGACGGUUGCAUGUGGGGAUUGCCAAUGCAGCUUUCAUGGCUACUGAAUUCAGGACGUCUGGCUGAUCCAACUGGUCAAACCACUUGUGGGGUAGAAACAGAGGACCGCAUGUGCAUUUCUCCUAACAGCUGGUGGGCCUGCCAGAACUACUUUGUCUCUGCAAUUCCAUUUCUGUGUGCCGCAGAGCAGGGCAUGCUGGGAGCAGGAGUGAUGGUUCAGAUGGAGAAUCCCGAUGGUUUUGAGGAGUACUGUACUACCUAUGCUGACUGCUCAGCUAAGUACCCUGAGGUUGUAGCUAAGUGGGAUGCCUUCUAUCAGGGUCUCAAGGCUUCGGUUGACUCGACCCUUCCUGACAACGAGAAGAAAGACGCACUCCUUGGUCUCUUCUGGGACGGCCAAAUGACCUCAAUGCGUACUGCUGCAGUGUGCAAAGCCAAGCAGAGCUCGUACUCCCCUGUGGAGACUUCUUUCGCCAACAACUGGAUGGUUUCAGCUGAGUAUGUAGCCGGAGCGCGUUUCCAUUUCAACCUGGAUAAUGCCGUCAUGUUUGCUGCUCCCAUGCCAACUCGACUUUUAAAGGAGGGCGAUAAUCCACCUGAUAUUGCUGAUCUUACUACAGAGGAGAACCACACACUAACUACCUUCUCCUGGAUCAAUAGCAUCAACAAUGCACUUGGUGGGACGCUGGUGAAUUUAUGGCACCGUGCCAUGUGCUCCGUGAGCACCAGAGAGAAGGGCAGAGACAUGAUGUCGCAGCUCAUGCUGAACCCUGCAUUCGCCACAAACACUUUUGUGUCCAUCAUCACUGAGAUGGUAAUAAACUGCUGA